GUCAAUUGUAUUUGAUAUUUGCCUACUCUGGUCACUAUCUGUGAUUUUAAUUUACGAUUUUUAAUACAAUUUUUAUAAAGUUACUCUUUUUAAAACCAUAUACGCGAAAAUAUGAAAAGGCUAAGUGAGGAGCGAGCAAAGGUUCUUUUUGAAAAGUUGUCCAAAUACAUUGGCACCAAUGUGAAGCAGCUGAUAGACCGGCCGGAUGGAACAUAUUGCUUCCGUGAGCACAGGGAUCGUGUGUAUUACGUUUCGGAGCGUAUACUUAAACUAUCUGAAUGCUUUGGCCCAGAAAAGCUUGUGUGUGUUGGCACUUGCUUUGGAAAAUUCUCAAAAACAAACAAACUGAAAUUCCACAUUACCGCACUCUAUUAUCUUGCGCCUUAUGCCCAAUAUAAAGUCUGGGUAAAGCCAUCCUUUGAACAGCAAUAUCUCUACGGCAAUCAUAUUCCAAAAUCGGGGCUAGGACGUAUCACAGAGAAUGCCGGUCAGUACCAAGGUGUGGUCGUUUACUCCAUGAAUGAUUUACCACUAGGAUUCGGUGUGUUGGCGCGUUCUACGACAGAAUGCAAGACUGCAGAUCCAAUGACUACGGUUUGCUUCCAUCAGUCGGACAUUGGUGAAUACAUCAGAUCUGAGGAUACGCUUUUUUAGUGUUUUAUUUAUAGAAUAAUGAGUAAUUUAGAUGUAAAUAAAAAUGAAAACUAUGUU